GAGCGGCCCCAGCCCUCUGCCCGCACCGAAUCCCCGCACGGCCUACGUCGCUGGAAGAUGCUGCGCCUGUUCGGCCCGGUGAAGCAAGCUUUGCGGCUGCGGAACAGAGCGCCAAAGCGGGCGCUGCAGCGUCUCCCCCUGGCCUUCUCCAGGCCGUCCUCGAAGGGCGCUGCCCCUUCGGGUGGCCCCGAUGCCUGGCCCAGAGAUGUGGGCAUCCUGGCGCUGGAGGUCUACUUCCCCUCCCAGUACGUGGACCAGGUGGACCUGGAGAAGUUCGACAAAGUGGAGGCCGGCAAGUACACGGUGGGCCUGGGCCAGACCCAGAUGGGGUUCUGCUCUGCCCACGAGGACAUCAACUCCCUGUGCCUGACGGUGGUGCAGCGGCUGAUGGAGCGCUCCGGCCUCCCGUGGGAUGCGGUGGGCCGACUGGAGGUGGGCACCGAGACCAUCAUCGACAAGUCCAAGGCCGUCAAGACCGUGCUCAUGGACCUGUUCCAGAGUUCGGGCAACACGGACAUCGAGGGCAUCGACACCACCAACGCCUGCUAUGGGGGCACCGCAUCGCUCUUCAACGCGGCCAACUGGGUGGAGUCCAGCUCCUGGGAUGGGCGCUACGCCUUGGUGGUCUGUGGAGACAUUGCGGUCUAUGCGUCGGGAAAUGCCCGCUCCACCGGCGGAGCGGGAGCUGUGGCCAUGCUGGUCGGACCAAAUGCCCCCCUGGCACUAGAGCGAGGACUGCGGGGCACCCACAUGGAAAACGCGUAUGACUUCUACAAGCCGGACCUGUCCUCCGAGUACCCUGUGGUGGACGGAAAGCUCUCCAUCCUGUGCUACCUGCGAGCCCUGGAUCGCUGCUACGCCUUCUAUCGCAGGAAGAUCGAGCAGCAGUGGCAGAACACCGGCAUCACCCGACCUUUCACCCUGGACGAUUUUGAGUUCAUCAUCUUCCACACGCCGUUCUGCAAACUGGUGCAGAAGUCGGUGGCGCGCCUGGCUUUCAACGACUUCCUGGCGGGCAGCAGCGGCCCCCGGAACGGCUCGUACCAGGGGCUGGAGGCUUUCAGGCAGCUGAAGCUGGAGGACACGUACUUCAACAAGGACGUGGAGAAGGCGUUUCAGAAGGCCUCCCAGGACGUGUUCAACCAGAAAACCAAGCCGUCCCUCUUCUUGUCCACGCACAACGGCAACAUGUACACGCCGUCCAUGUACGGCUGCCUGGCUUCCCUCCUGUCCCAGCGGAGCGCCGAGCAGCUGGCGGGGAGCCGGAUCGGCGCCUUCUCCUACGGCUCGGGCUUGGCCGCCAGCUUCUUCUCCCUCCGCGUCUCCCAGGACGCCGCAAAGGGCUCCUCCCUGGACAAGCUGGUGUCCAGCUUGACUGACCUGCCCGGCCGCCUGGCCUCCAGAAAGCGCCUGUCUCCCGAGCAGUUUUCGGAAAUCAUGAAGCAGAGGGAGGAGUGUUCCCACAUGGUGGACUUCUCCCCACCGGGGGACAAAGACAUUCUGUUCCCGGGAACGUGGUACCUGGAGCAGGUGGACACCCUGUAUCGGCGGAAAUACGCUCGGCGACCCCUCUAAAGGUGACCACUGCCGGCCGAACCACCCCAUAAACCACAGUCUCCAGGACCUGUCGAGUCCUGCAGGGCACGUGUUGCCAGAAAGAGAUGUCCCAGAUUCGAUUUUUCAGUUCUUCCUGCUCCACCUGACAGCCUGAGCAAGUGCCGGGUAUGGACGCCCCACUCUCAGCCUGUGCAGCAGUCCCAUCCCCAGCCCCUCCAGUAGCUCACGGCCUGAUGCCUCUGCGGCCAACCCGAGGCCCAGCCGUGGAGUUCGUGCCACCCUGGAGCUGGAGAUGUAGGGACAAGGUGGGGUGGAGAUGGGAAGGGGAAAUGACCAGAAGAGCAAAGUGGGGGGGGAAAAGGGAGAGAAUGCAGUCCUCCUCUGCAGCUCUGUCCCUCCCCCAUCCACAACGUGGCUGCUCCAAGAUGUCGCAGAUGGACCCCGAUGCUCAUUGCCCCAAAACUGCCAGGUCUGUAGUGCUAAGGGGAUUCAGGCUGGGUGGCCACCCUGGAUUUCUUUCCUUUUGCUCAUUCCCUUGAAUUUCCAAUUUCCCUGCCCCAUCUCCCCGGUGUGUUAGGAAUAAAGGAGAAAACAAGGGGUUCCUUCCCCCCUGCA